UUCCGAUAUGAAACAGCUCGAGAUAAAAAUAGAACAUUCAGCACAAAUUAUGUAUGGCUUUCAUUUUUUCGACGCUCCAUUACUUGCCAGCGUCGAUCCGGCGUGAUUUUUUUGUUUAGUUUAUCUUUGAGAGAAGUGGAUCAUUAUUGCUUCCCGGUAAUCGACCACACAUAUGGUUAUGGUUUAGUCGUUGCGUCGGUUGCGCGGUUCGCGAGUGUUAGCGUGAAGUACAUUCUUGAUCACGCUUUUUGUCCAUUUUGGUCAUUUUGGUUGGCGUGCCGGUCAGGAUGGGUCGGGAUCGUUUGAACUCUCUUCUAAAGAAACGCGAGUUCUUGGAAUCUCUGGAGAAUCUUCCCCAACAGCAUGAGUACAAAACGCUGCUCAACCAAAAGCAAAUCAUUCAGGAUCUCAGCCAAUUCUCGAAAAUCUCCCACUGGAUCGGUGACUUGCAGCAGAAUGUUCUGGCCAUCGAGGAAGAGCUAACAGGCCAAGGUUCAAUCAAGGCCAGCCAAAAGCUCGGCGAUAAUGCAACUCUGUGCCACAAGAUAUUCAACGCUGUCAAGGGACUGCAGGCAGAUUUGGAGAACCUGAGGCAGCAGAAAGAUGAGGAGAGUGGAGAGCCAAGAGAAUGCGGUGAUCUAGUUAGCAUGGUGCGCAGCACACAGUUUGAGAAUGUGAAAACCGCCUACUUUGAGGCGUACUGGAGGUUUCAUUCGUUGGUGCAGAAUUACGAGGAAACGGUCAGGAAGCGAAGACCUGUAGAGUCAUCGCAUCAAUCCCUAACCUCGCCGUCACCAUGUGACACUACACAGCCCACAAAUCCUCCGGAUUACGACGUCCUAGAUUCUAGCCAGCAUCCCUCUCGACGCCACUCCCUAGACGAGCAGUUUAAUCUCCCAAAAUCGGCCACAAUUCUCAUCGGGGAGCACGAAACCGCAACCGAAACCCUCCAGGCCGUUGAGGAACGCCACGAGGAGCUGCAGGCGCUGGAGCGAACGCUCGUCGAUAUGCGGGAUCUGUUUGUGCUGUUCUCGACCCUGGUGAUGGAGCAUGGCAGCAUGCUGAAUCUGGCGGAAACCAAAGUGCAGGAUGCGGCCCAACAUGUGGCCACCGCAGCAGCGGACAUCAAAGAGGCUCACUACUACUAUCGGAAGGUGGGCGGCCGGAAGUGGCUUUGCUUCGAUGUGACUUGUGGCUUGCUGGUGCUGUUGGCCUUUUUGGUGGCGAUUGCUAUUUAUUUGGCGAUGAAGAAGUUCUUGUUUUGAACGAAA